UGGAGCUGGCGUAUUUUUGCGGGAGGAAGUCGCACAUUUGCGGAUCGAAUAAGCAAGAGCUGGUGGGAUAGGUUAGAGCAAGAAGUUCUGGAUUGAAGGGAAGAGCCUAACAGAAGUCACUGGUGUGUCACUGUUCAUGAAUCUUAAACUGGCUGAAGUGGACUUUCCCACUUUGCAGACUCUGCAGCUGAUGCAGUCUGGACAGUAGGGGGCACUAGAGGGCAGAAUGAGCACAAAACCUAACAUGCCCAGUGAGGGCACACAGCACAUGGAUAGCCCGCAGACAUGCAUGGACACCUUCGAGAUCUAUGUCCCCAAGGAUGCCGGCGUGACGUCAGUCCCCGCACAGACCCUCCCCCCCACCAUCGUGAAGAAGAUGGGUCCGUUCUCCACACCCACGUCCCCAGACGGCAGCUCCAUGAUGGUCACGUGCAUAUCGCCCGUUGUCGUCCGCGAGAAGGGCUCCCACGCCCGUGUGCCUGUCGGCUCCAGUGAUGGUGCCCGGGACCGGCUGACCACGGCUGCCGCCUCUUGCACGUCUCCCUCCGUGGGGCAGAAGGGCCAGUGCUGGCUUCCUGUGGCCUGCUCCAACUGGAAGGCCUUCAGGGUUCUUCAAGAGUUCAUGUCACAGGACAGCUGCUGCCCCCAGGAAGGGGAAGGGGCAGUCACAGUCUGCAGCCCCGCCCCCCUCCUGCAUGGCCACCCCCUGUGCUUCAGCCAGGACUCCAUCAUCAUCCACAGAGGCCGGAUCUUCCUCUCCAUCAUGAAGGCGGCGCCGGGCCAGAAGAGUGCGGAGCAGGGUCCUACUCCUGAUGCCCUCCCCCAACAGCCUACCCCCUGCGCGCUAGAGGGGCGCGAGACAGUCUCAGACAGCAGCAAGCCUCCCCCACCUCCUGACAAGCUCCAACCCACACACUCCAGCCCACAGGCAGAGAGAGCACCCGGCCUGAGGGCACUGGAGCAGAGAUUUGGGAUCACGCGGAAGGUGCAAGUAACUCUGCCAAAACUCCCAGACCCAACUCUAAAGAGGCUGAGGUCAGCUGGGCAGGUCAGGUCAGGAAACCAAAAACUGAUUGGCCAGCUUUGCAAUGUGGCGGAGCAGCAGAAGUCUUCAUUGAAAAGCAGGAGGUCAGCAGGAUUGUCACGAGAGUCUCCUUGUAGCAGAGGUUCCAAAGGGCAGCGUGCUCCUGCUCAUGACAGGGACAAAGAAGUACAAGGGGCAGAGCUUGAAGAACCAAUAACGAAGAAGGCCAGACUGGCUCCACCCUCUCAAGUCUACCCUGAUAAAGCAGCAGAAGAAAGGGAUGAGGGCAAGAGAGAAAAUGAAAAGAGCGAGGGUGGAGACUCUGUUGAGGGUGUGGCUGAGGGUGGAGACUCUGUUGAGGGUGUGGCUGAAGGUGGAGACUCUGGUGAGUGUGUGGCUGAGGGCGGAGAAUCUGGUGAGUGUGUGGCUGAAGGUGGAGACUCUGGUGAGUGUUUGGCUGAGGGCGGAGAAUCUGGUGAGUGUGUGGCUGAAGGUGGAGACUCUGGUGAGUGUGUGGCUGAGGGCGGAGACUCUGGUGAGUGUGUGGCUGAGGGCAGAGACUCUGGUGAGUGUGUGCCUGAGGGCGGAGACUCUGGUGAGUGUGUGGCUGAGGGCGGAGACUCUGGUUGGUGUGUGGCUGAGGGCGGAGACUCUGGUGAGUGUGUGGCUGAGGGCGGAGACUCUGGUGAGUGUGUGGCUGAGGGCGGAGACUCUGGUGAGUGUGUGGCUGAGGGCGGAGACUCUGGUGAGUGUGUUGUUGAGGGCGGAGACUCUGGUGAGUGUGUUGUUGAGGGCGGAGACUCUGGUGAGUGUGUUGUUGAGGGCAGAGACUCUGGUGAGUGUGUUGUUGAGGGCGGAGACUGUGAAGAACUUGGGACUGAGGAUGGAGACUUAAGUGAGGUUGAUGCUGAGGGCAGAGACCUUAGUGAGGCUGAGGUUAAAGGCGGAGACUUAAGCGAGAUUGAGGUUCAGGGCGGAGACGUUAGCAGAAAUGAGGGUGCGGAUGGAGGCAGCAGAGGGAGGUCCCAGGAGGUCAGCAUGCCAUCUUAUCUCGCUGCGCCCAGCCUGCGGUAUGCCACUGAGUUUGACUUCGAGCAGUCAGCGCGAGAGGAGAAGAUCAGCCGCAUCCGGGCACGACUGAGAGAGAAGGAGGCCGCCCUGAGGAACCUGCGGCCCCCUGACUGA